GAGGGCUUGCAGCAGGACUCUUAACCACCCCAGAAGAGAGGAUGGUUAGUAGAUAGAGAGCUGCGAUAGUUGGAGGACUCAGACAACGAGUGCUCAAAAACUUAAAUGACUUCUCCUCCUCAGGAUUCAUGAACAAUAGACGCACCUUGUAGACAGUGAGAGCAAAGUAGACGCAGAGCUUUUUUAGGAAGGCUAGCAGCAAGUUUCUUCUCAUUCCUUUUUGUUGUUGUUGUUGGCUAGAAGCACAUAUAACGUGUUUAAAUGCAACGCUGUCUGAUUUAUGAGAAAACUAUGGCAGCCGAGACGAAGAACGGCGGGAGUUCGCUGAACAACAAUAACUGCAAAGACCACAGCAGGAGAAAGUUGCUGGUCGGAGUGGAUCUUUUCUGCUUGUUUUUAGCCGGCCUGCCUUUCUUGGUCAUUGAGACCAGCGCUGUUCAGCCUUACCGUAGAGGGUUUUACUGCGACGAUGAGUCCAUCAAGUAUCCGGCCAAAAACGGAGACACCAUUAGCGACGGUGUGCUUAGCGCUGCAGGCAUUCUAAUCACCAUCCUCUCUAUCAUAAUUGGGGAAAGUUACAGGAUCUACUUUCUGAAUGAGGGAUCCAAGUCUUUUGUGGGGAACCCCUACAUCUCCGCUCUCUACAAGCAGGUCGGAGUGUUCAUCUUCGGCUGUGCCAUCAGUCAGUCCUUCACCGACAUCGCCAAAGUGUCGGUGGGACGAAUGCGCCCUCACUUCCUCGACGUGUGCAAACCCGACUUCUCCACCAUCAACUGCUCUCUGGGCUACAUUACAGACUACCAGUGUCAGGGGCCGGAGAGCAAAGUUCAGGAGGCCAGGAAGUCUUUCUUCUCUGGACAUGCGUCUUUCUCCAUGUACACCAUGCUGUACCUGGUGUUUUACCUGCAGUCUCGUUUCACCUGGCAUGGAGCCCGCCUGUUGCGACCUUUGACGCAGUUCACCCUCAUCAUGAUGUCCUUCUACACCGGCCUGUCCCGUGUUUCAGAUCACAAGCACCACCCCACUGAUGUCCUGGCUGGAUUUGUACAGGGAGCCCUGGUGGCCUACUGCAUAGUAUUCUUUGUGUCAGACUUGUUCAAGCCCAAAGGAAGACGUUCUGUUCUGUCUCCGACCCCGGUGAAGAAAGAUCUCAUUCCUGCAGCAGACAUCAGAGAGCGGGGCAACCAUCUCAUCAUGGCGUAGAAAAGGCUGCAAACUGACUGUAUAUAACCCUGACCUGUGCCUUUUUUAAAUCACUACUACAGCCACUAGUCAAUACUGAAUGAAAUAAACUCCCAACGACCUGGAAAAUGCAGACAAACGUGGAAUCUUGAACAUCUCCGAGGAUGAGAAGGUGGAAAAACGGUCAAGAAAGUCGUGCUUUCUCAGUGGAAAACUUCAUGUUUUUCCUUGGUCUCACCAGAUAUUUUAAUGUGGAAAAGAGAGACAACCUCCUAUUUUAAAGCAAGGGAUAUUUGUCCCUCUACUUCUGGUAUGAAGAUUAUUAUCCUCCACUGUCAAGGCCUUUCCAUGGACAAACAUCAGAAAUUGAAGAAAACUAAGAAAUGGCAGCUGUAAACAAAGCUGUGUGUGACUUUUGUGCUUUCACACUCGUAUUCCUGCCGAUCGCUCACAGUUUGACGAACAAAUCAUGACAAAACAAAUUCCUUAAUUUUAGGAAGGAUGUUGUUUUAGUUUGGUUUUAUUACAAACAUCAUAUUUUUUUUUCUAGCACUAUUUUAGCUAAACUCAGUACUGUUUGUCACCACUUGAAUGACCCGAAGUGAAGCUUUCGGAAAGCUUCCUAAGCUUUCUUUUAAGCUUUUAUUACGUGCAUAAUGUAGAUCCUUCGAAGGCGCACGUGAGUUGUAGUGCAGUGAGGGCGUGUGUUUUGGAUGUGGGCCUCUUUCUGCUGGCUAGGACGAGCCCCCACUGAGCCAUUUAAUGAAAUGACUGUCUUGUUCUAUGUACCAGAUGGGUGCUCACAAGUGUUAGGUCAGAAUGUGUGUGUGAGAGAGUGUGUGUCGGGUGUGUCCCUGUGUGUGUCUUAAUGUCAAGUCUAUAUAUUUCAGUGUUUAUAGCCUACAAGUGUGCCUCUCUCCAGCCAGAGAGCAAGCACCUGCUCCCACAGACGCAUGUAACUCAAGACGGGAGCACUGUGGGGUGGGGUGGGGUGGGGGGGAUGCAUCAUGUAGAGGACAUUGUGCUUUACUGUUACUAAUCAUAGCGAUGAUUCACAUCGCUGAGAAAUCUUGUGAUAUACUGGAUGUUAAACAGAUGUGAACCUCUUAGAGCAGUGGUUAGUUUAUCAAUACCAAAGCACAGUUUUGUAAUGAAAAAGCUGCUCUGGCACAUUGUAAAUGCUUAGUAACUCAUGAAUACAAAAGAGCUGAAAAUGAGGCUCUGCAUUAUAAUAGACGAACAACUUCUAAUGCAAUUAUGUUUGCAUUAAUUUUAAUGUAAUUAGCUUUUUAGCUGAAAAUGAUGAUAAAAACCACUGACCAGAAAACAUCACUCAGUUUUAACUUACUGAGUCAAGCUUGGAUCUGACAUGUAGUUUUUCUUAAUACGUAACGUCUAAAUCGGCUAUAUAUAGCAUUAAAACAUUCAUCAUGCUAACCUUACAUUGUACAGUAUCAUGUGUAUAUACAAAUAUACAGUAUGCGUUUUGAAGAAAUGCCCACUAUGACUUUGUGUCGAGACCUGUGUAAAUGUAAAACAUGCUGCUUCAAAAAUCAAAGCUUGGCAAACGUCAUCCAGUAAAGUGUGAAUAUUCUGUUUUUUUUAAAAACAACAAAGCUCUCAAAGCGGACUGCUUCAGUACAGUUUUAUCAAAAAAGAAAAUCAUUUUUCAGUACUAUUUUUGUAAUGUCGUGAAAUUUUGUACAAUGAAACUGUAAGACGUAUCAAAGAUGAAAAAAAUGUCUUUAAUAAAACACGAAAGAUCACAAGGA